AUGUCAACAUCACCAUUUCUCUGGCACAAAUAUAAAGCAAAAAGCAGCGAUAAGUGAUUUUCGCAUGAGUGUGGGAGAUUAAAUUUACUCGGGUUGUAAUUUGAGCCGUAUCGCACACUUCCAAUCUCAUUCCAAUUAAACGGCGCGGUGGGGUUCCUACAGCGGGAGGAGAGCGCUCGCAGGGCAGCCUCGAUCGCCUUUGGUGGGCGGUGCGUCCUCACCCCCUUUCCCCCCUCUUCUCCGUCUAGCUCACGCGCUAUCUCCGCCCUCCGGGGAGAGGCGCAUCCGUUGAGCGAGCGCCUCUUCUGUCUUCCUCUUGCCGCCGUCUUUAAUCGCAAUCGGACUGCGGUAAAGGGACGCCGGUUCAGUGCAGGACUCUACUGGACCACAUUGUGGAUGUUUUGGUUGAGAACGGAGGCGGAACUGAACCGAGAAGAAAGAAAAAAAAAAAAACCAAAAAACUGCAGCACAAAUGUGGAUGUUUACCUUUUUUGGAUGGGUGCGCGAACCGUAGCUGUGGGGUGGAAAAGUGUUAUUAAUGCUGAGCGGGAGUUCCGAUUGAUUCCAGGUGCCCGUGAACGCAUCAUGACCACAGCCACCCGGCUCCAAAGAGAGAGUGCAACAUCCCAGCUGCCGCUGGUGGUCCUCAUUAGACUUGGAGGAGGAGAGGUAGAAGAAGAGAGGUGAUGAUGAUGAUGACGAUGCUGCUUCAGUAAUCUGACUCACACACGCACACACAUAUACAUUUCUUCGUAAAAACACCUGACCGAGGCCUACACGCGCACACUUGCAGGGGAUGAGUGAGGGGUCACUCCAGGGGGACGCUCAGGUGUGAUUCUCAGCCCCGCCGCCGUCGCCGUGGCAACCUGACAACCGGCCCAGUGGGUCCGCAGCCUCGGUUGUGACUGAGCUGUCCAGGUUUCAUCACCAGGAAGCAACCCCCCAUCAUUUUUGGCUGCAUGGACGCGUCGUCAAAGUCGUGGCUGCCGCAUCAGGGUCAGUUUGGGUUGGGUGGUCAAGUGGAAGUGUGCUGUGCCGGACCCGGCGUUUUAACCCCAAACCAAUCACGCAGGGCGAGUUUUGCCUCUGUGCGACAGUCAAGCAUGGAAACGCCUCCCAACGCCACCCCGCAGUCCUUCAGGCAGCCGAGUUUCCUUAAUCGAAGGCUGAAGGGCUCCAUCAAGAGGGCCAAAAGUCAGCCCAAACUGGACCGGACCAGUAGCUUCCGACAAAUGAUUCUGCCUCGGUUUCGUAGCGCCGAUCAAGAGAGGACACGCCUGAUGCAGAAUUUCAAAGAAUCCCACUCCCACGAGUCGCUGCUUUCUCCCAGCAGCGCUGCCGAGGCUUUGGACUUGGUGCUGGAUGAAGACGCCGUCAUAAAACCGGUCCACUCCAGCAUUUUAGGACAAGAGUAUUGCUUUGAGGUGACCACGAAUUCAGGGACAAAAUGUUUUGCCUGCCGUUCCGCUUCAGAGAGAGACAAGUGGAUUGAAAACCUGCAAAGAGCUAUCAAACCCAACAAGGACAACAGCAGGCGUGUGGACAAUGUGCUCAAGUUAUGGAUCAUUGAAGCUCGGGACCUGCCGACGAAAAAGCGCUACUACUGUGAGCUGUGUCUGGAUGACAUGCUGUACGCCCGCACCACCAGCAAACCUCGCACAGACACAGUCUUCUGGGGCGAGCAUUUCGAGUUCAACAACCUGCCCACCAUUCGUAGCCUUCGCUUGCACCUCUACAAGGAGACGGACAAAAAGAGACGCAAGGAGAAAAGCACAUACCUCGGCCUUGUCAGCAUCCCCAUCUCCAGCAUCACGGGCCGUCAGUUUGUGGAGCAGUGGUACCCCGUUAUCCAGUCCAGCGUUUUGGCCAAGAGCGGCGGCGUCGGGAGCGGCAAAGUCAUCAACGCCUCACUUCGCGUCAAAUCCCGCUACCAGACCAUGAACAUCCUCCCCAUGGAGCUGUACAAGGAGUUCGCCGAGUACAUCACCAACAACUACCGAACACUGUGCGCAGUUCUGGAGCCGCUGUUGAGCGUAAAGAGCAAAGAAGAAGUGGCGUUCGCCCUGGUGCACAUCCUCCAAAGCACUGGAAAAACUAAGGAGUUCCUGUCUGACAUGGCAAUGUGCGAGGUGGAUCGAUUCAUGGAGCGCGAGCACAUGAUCUUCCGGGAGAACACACUUGCAACGAAGGCUGUGGAGGAGUACCUCAAGUUGAUUGGUCACCGAUACCUCAAGGAGGGGAUCGGUGACUUUAUCCGAGCCUUGUAUGAAUCUGAGGAGAACUGCGAAGUGGACCCCAUGCGAGUCCCGCCCUCGGUGCUGGCUGACCACCAAGCCAACCUUCGCAUGUGCUGCGAGCUCUUACUCUGCAAGAUCAUCAACUCCCUCUGCAUAUUCCCCCGCGAGCUUAAGGAGGUCUUUGCCUCAUGGCGGGCCCGGUGCGCCGAGCGCGGCAGGGAGGACCUGGCUGACAGCCUCAUCAGCUCCUCGCUGUUCCUCCGCUUCAUGUGCCCGGCCAUCAUGUCGCCCUCGCUCUUCAACCUAACGCAGGAGUACCCGGCAGAGCGCACCUCGCGGACCCUCACGCUCAUCGCCAAAGUCAUGCAGAACCUGGCCAGCUUCAACAAGUUUGGGCCGAAGGAGGAAUACAUGUACUUCAUGAACGAGUUCCUGGAGAUGGAGUGGGGCUCCAUGCAGCAGUUCCUCUAUGAAAUCUCCAACAUGGACGCCGGAGGGAACGCCGGAGGCUUCGAGGGCUACAUCGACCUCGGCAGGGAGCUGUCCAUGCUACACAGCCUGCUGUGGGAGGUCAUGGGCCAACUCAGCAAGGACGCCAUUCUUAAACUGGGUCCAUUGCCUCGGCUGUUGAAUGACAUCAGCGUGGCCCUGCGGAAUCCUCAGCUGCACGCCACCACCAACCACCAGCCCGAACGGCCCAAGGACAGACUCUUUUCUCGGCCCACGUUCAAUCGUCUCAUGUCCUCCGACUUCCAGAGCCUGAUGAUGCGUGACUUAAACAGUUCCAUAGACAUCUCCCGCCUGCCUUCGCCCCCCACCGGCGUGUCGGCCGUCGAGUCCCUCUCGUCCAACCUAAACAUGAGGCGUCAGGCCGAACGAGACCUGCGCUCGUCGCGGGAGGUGUUCUACGUCACCCGGCCGCCGCUAGCCCGCUCCAGCCCGGCGUACUGCACCAGCAGCUCUGACAUCACAGAACCCGACCCCAAGGUUCACAGCGUGAAUAAAAGCGUGUCCAUGAUGGACCUCCAAGAUUCACGCAUGAACAGCAUCUCCAACCUGAACUCUGUGGGGGACAUGCUCACCUCCUCUCAGGCUUCCAUCGCCGGCCUGGGCCACAGUUUCGGAAACCUUGGCGGCCCCCUCCGCAUGGGCGGCCACUUGCCCAGCGGCUUGGCGGGCUCCGGCCUGAGGCUGAGCCAAAUGGGCCACAUCGGCGGCCCCACUGAGUCCAUCUCCCAGCAGCAGCAGCAGGCAGCAGCGGCCAUGCACUACCCGCUGUCCUUCCAGAACCCUCUCUUCCACCUUGCGGCGCAGAACUCGCCGGCCCAGCCUCCGCCGCCGCCCCUCCUGCUGGCCCCGGAGCCAGAGAACGGUCACCACGCCUACGCGCCGGCGUUCGGCAAUAACGCGUUCUCCCGCAGCGAGGACCUGUCGGCGCUCCGGUCACAGAACAGCCUGGUGCAGCCCAGCAUCGUCCACUCGCACAGCUACAGUGACGACUUUACCCGGCAAAACCAAAACAAUGACUUUGUUUGGCACCAGCUCUCACUGCAGGUGCAGGAGUCCCUCCAACAACAGCACAUGAUGGGCGUCGCUUCUCAGACGGCCACCGGAACCGGCACGCCCGCCUCCUUGGCCACGCCCCCUACGACCGUCCACCCCGUGCGCCAGUCCUCCAUCGCCCCCCAGCUCCUUAAGUCCCAGCGCUCCGUCAACACCCCGGCCACGGCCACUCCGCCCAAGGCCCGACCCCAGAGCAGGAACCUCCUCCUGGAGUCUACCGACGCAAACUUCGUUCAGGCCAAACAGCGGCAAACUCAGCCACCCCCACAACAACAACCGCAGCCAACACAAACGCAGCAGCAGGAAGCUGUGACGGACAGCCCGGCUCCCGGGCUGCCAUUCCAGACGGGCUCCGCCAAAGAAAACCAGAACCCAUCCUCCGUCGCCGCCACAGCCGAGGACUCGACGGACACGCCAACCAAAAGCGGCAAAAAAACGCAACAGCUGCAGCCUCCGCAGCAACAUCUCCUCAAGCCGCUCGGCAACAAGCAGGGUUCCCAGUCCAACUUGAACGAGCGCACCGUGGCCUGGGUGUCCAACAUGCCGCAUCUCUCCGCUGACAUAGAGAGCCUGCGGCCUGACCGCGAGGGCCAGUUGAAGGAGUACUCCAAGAGCAUGGACGAAUCCCGCCUGGAGAGGGUGAGGGAGUACGAGGAGGAGAUCUACUCACUAAAGGAGCGCCUGAAGAUGUCCCAUCGCAAGCUGGAGGAAUACGAGCAGAGGCUGGUGUCACAGGAGCAGCAGACCAGCAAGAUACUGCAGCAGUACCAGUGCCGCCUGGAGGACAGCGAGCGGCGUCUCAAGCAGCAGCAAGUCGAGAAGGACUCACAAAUCAAAGGCAUCAUCAACAGUCUAUCAGCCAGGGCUACGGGGGCCUCCCAGGAUCCUGACUGCCACUACGAAAGCGACCAGGAUCCGUGAUGGUCAUCCAAGUGUGAGCGCAAAACCGCCCCUCUCCACUUGAAAAUCUGCUUGCCAGUCAAGUAGGACCACACACACCCAGGCUCCUUGUCGCUACCAAAACUUUUCAAAGAACUUUUGACAAUCACUUCACAGCGGAGACCAGUUUGUACAAAGAAUCAGACUUGAGCCAACAUUCCGAGUUUCUUGAGCUAAACCUACGUGGGAGAUGAAGAUUUGAGGGAUUUUUCCUGUUUACAAAGCAGCAUUUGAAAUUCUAGAGGGAGAAAAAAGCAGGAAUAGGUGGGGAGUAAACUACUCACAAAAAUGUGUUGGUUUUCGGGUGUAAUUUUAGGAUUUCAGGAUGAACCUAAAGUUUUGAAUGUCCAACCGUUCAAUGUUUCUGUACUUUUUGUGCAACUUGCUGUUCUCUAACAAGGAGUUGUUCUCAGAGGGAAGUGAGCACGAAGCUUAAGCGUGUCAGUGUCAUCAGCAGGUUGCAACAGAGAUGCAGAACGACUGGAAGUCUCACAGAAAGGCAUAAAAGUCGACAUCCUGGGAAACUUACAUGCAUGGAUCAAACACCUGCUGUGCAUUUUGUCUUUCAGCUCCUUGCAAAAAAGUACUGAAACAUUGAACACAUGGACAUGUGCAUUCACAAGUUUAGAGGAGGUAAAUUAAAGUCUACCUGUAAAGGUUAAAGUGCAUUUUAGGUUCAUCCUGAAAUUUCACCUGAAAUUCCAAUACCCCUUACUUUUUGUGGGUAGUGUAUGAUCAUUGGUGGUUUGGAUUUUGUUUUACAUCCUUUUAUUGAACAUCAUCUAUUGCUAGCCUUUCACUUUUUCUGUUGAGCUGGAAUGAUGGCAAGCCACUUAAACACAGAACCUCACGAUCAAAUAAUUAAGCGAGACUUGUCGGACUGCGAUUAUGUGUAUCAUUCAUUCUUUCCAUUUUCAAUUGACUUGUGGGUUGUCUUUGCAUUUUAUAAUUUUUAAUUUACAGUAAUUCUAAAAUUAAAAUAUAAAGAAUCUGGUAAUAUUUUGUUUUUUGUUUUUAAUUUAAUUGUUUUUAAUCACUUUAAAAAAUAGUUUGAUUGCUAAUUGAAAGAGAGAAUGAUACACUGAUUAGCACGUAAAAUUUCCAUUCUGGCUCCGUUGCAGCUCUGAUACCACCUCAGAAGGUGGAAAAUUGCGGGGUGGACUUCUCCCCGUCACCACUACGUGUCGGUGCUGUUUAUACUGAACAAUAAAAAAGGAGGAGAAAUGCCAGCUAUUGCAGGCUGUGUGUCUAAUAUCCCAAAACGCCAAAGGACAUAGAAUACAUGUAAAUAUUACAAAUAUAUAAACCUGACCUGAAGGAUACGGUAAAUUAUUAGUUCAGAAUAGCACUUAACAACUGUAGGUUGUGCAAAUAUUAUAUAUUUUUUAAUUAAAUAAUAUACCUGGAUGGCAGUCCUGCCUUUUAAGUGACUUUUAGUGUAGUAUUUCCUCAUACGCCGUGCCCCAAUUACGGUAUUGUGUCAACCACUUAAGAAAAUAAACACCUCUCCUCAAAUUAUCCAUCUAUCUAUCCAUCCAUCGUCUGUUCCGCUUACAAAAAAAAAAUGUUUUGUCAGUUUAAUUAUUUCAGUUGUUCACACACAUCUACAGAGCCCUUUUGAAGUCUAUUGCUAACCAAAACAGCAGCACAUACUAAACAGACUCUCAGUGUUCCUACAUCACCCGCAUGUUCGAAAUGAGUGCGAAAGAUGAUCUUGCGUCCUUAGCAAUCCAGUAUUCGCUCCAAAAUUAACAUUAAAACAGACUUUACAACAUAAGUCUGUUUUAAUGUUAAUUUUUCCAUAAUAGUCAUUUUUGUUUUCUUUUAAAUGCCACCUUUCACACUUGACUUGAAUUGCAAUAUACUGCUGACAAUGUUUGACAUGACCAAAAAAUGCAAUUGCACAAAUAAUGGCCUCCCCCCAAUUCAGGGUACGUUCAGGUUUAGAUUUAUUUAUACACAAAUAUAAAUAAUAAAAUUGGUAUUUAUCAUUAAAAAAAUUUUUUACAUACUUUACACACACAUUUUAACUUUUUUUCUUUUAAUUUUUUUUACAUAAAUCAAUGUGCCCCGUGAGCACUAAGGUUUGCCCACCCCCUGCUGUAGACUAUUAACUUUAUUUCUUUAUUUUUUGCAAAACAUUGCCACAUGGGUUUGAAAAGUGCUCUGUAAAAUCUAUUAUAUAGCAAGCUGUCAGUUCACUGACUCAUCUGUUUGUGAGGCAUCGAUGUGCAUGCGCUUUUUAAAACGCGAGGCUGAGUAAGCUACAUAUUAUUAAUAUUAUGAUGAUGUACAAUUGCAAAAGGACAUUUUCUCACAUUUCCUGACUUUUCGGCAUUAUACACCGUGAAAGUGGGAACGGUGGAGCCAACUAAAUGGAUGCAGGGUAACAGGAAAUACAGCAACAACGCCAAUUGGAGAACAGGUGUAACAUUUGUAUAUUUAAGCGUCUCUUUUGUAGUCGGGUAAUUAAUUAAUACUGUGUUGUACCUAUGAGUCAUUUCUAUUACAAAGUUCCUGAAUUGCUCUUUUAACCUCUUGCCUUUAAAAAUGUUUUCUUUUGAGAUGAAUAGCAACUAUACAAAGGUUUUUAUGUUUGUUACCAGAAAGGUAUAACAUUAGUGUUAAAAUGCACAGAUAAUACUACUAUAAAGACAUUUUUUGAAUUACUUAGUUCGAUGUAGGCCUGGCUCCUAAACUGCCAAGUGUAUUAUAUAUUCUUAUAUGUAUUCUAAUAAUCAAAGGCCGUCAGGGCAUGGACUUGUUGUAAAGAGAUUCUCUACUGUACAUUAUUAUGAUUGUUAUGAUGAACUCUUCAGUCUAUAGAUAUAUACUCCACAGAGAGUGCAAUGAAGGCACCAGGCCAGAGUCAAGAUAUUCAUACAAUAAUGGUUUUCUUUUGAAAUACAGGUAUGUGUUUAUUUAUUUUGUUAUUUGGCCUGCAUUAUGGUUUUAAUGUUUUCAUAAUCUCAUGAAAAAAAAAAAAAUCCUAUUGAGAGAAGAAAAAUAAGACGGUGAAUUAUUGGACCUGAAGAACUUUUUUCACAAAUAAAUUUUUUACAAAAUACUAAUUUAAUUUUAAAAUAUUUUUUAUUAACGUUUUACUUUUAUUUAAAUAUUUAAGUUGUAAUUUUAACUUUUUAAAUUUUACUUUUAUUCAGUUUUUUAAAAUUUAGUUUUGGUUUUUAAAUUUUACUUUGAUUUAUUUUACUUGUAGUUUUAUUUUUUAAUGUACUUUUUUUUUUUUUUACAUUUCAGGUUUAUUCAUAUUUUUUCAUUUGACUUUUUUUAUUUCUUCUUUUGAACUUGUACUACGUCAAGUCACGUUUGUUUGCAUGACAAAACAGGAUACAUGUUUUUUUAAAUCGUCUCUCACAUAUUUAAUAAUGUAUGAGUUAUGAUUUAAAGUAGUUUUGUGUGUAUCCCAAUGCAUUUUGGUAUGGAAGCCGUUUGAACAUUUAUUUACUUUAGCUUUGAUUUCCAGUUUAAGGUCCAUGUACUAGUACGCUCGUUUUCCUCACUAGUAAAACAAUUCAGCGCACUAGCAGAACAACUGUCUUUCAACAACAACAACAAAAAAGCUGCAAUACAAGCUACCCAUUAUUUUCUUGCUCCUGUUUUCCUUUUUGGUAUUCUAGUGAAGUGCCAUUACCAUGAUUAGCAUAAUUGCGUGUUUACAAGUUUUUGGUCAGGCUCUCAGGUGUUUUACUCAGAACACAAGAGAUAAACUUUAAUUUCUCGUGAAGUAUAUAUUGGAAGGUAAAAUCUUAUAUGAAUGAUUAAAUUAGCAUUUUGUGUUUUAGUAUGUUGAAUAUUAUAUGAAAGAAUAAUAGGUUAUUUUGGUUGAACAUGACAAAUUAUCUGGAAUACAAAUACAAAAAAAUAUUUAUGAGCCUUUUGGGCAACUCACCUCAUCAAUGACAUGAAAUAUCUUGUAUAUUUUGAAUGAUAAUCAACAAGUGCGACAUAUUUAUAUAUCUCAAAAAAUGGAUGUAUAGAGUAUUUAUUUCUCGGCAGCUAUUUAUUCUGCACAAUUGACUUACUGUGCCACAAAUGAUCUAAAUCAUUGAUUUAUUUGUGGGGGGAAUGUAACAUGUUCACUGACUUGACAUUUGCUUUGAAACAAGCCAUGCCCCCAUUGAUAAAAGCCAUAUCCUCACCCUGAUGUUGUAUGGUGGAUGUUCGAUGUAGGAACAUGUAUUUAUUUUUAUUUUAUUAAAGUUAAUAACGGUAAUUAUGGUAGGUACGAUUGCGCUUGUAAUUAUGAUAAUCGCUGUAUGUGGAUUGAUAUAAUUUGUUAUAAUGUCUGAAACCUAAAGGAAUGUAUUCAUUUUUCAAGGUGAUUUUUUUUUCCGCCCCCUGAGUGAUUUAAAUAAAGUAAUUCAUUGAAAGAUGUAAAGAUUUGUUUGGCACUUUCCUGUUACCUCUUUAGGCAUCGUCAAAAGGU